AUGACUACAUUCAGUACAUGUAUUUCUGACAAGGAUGUACUCGAGACCGGCCGAACACAUUCCCAUUCAUACCAUGCGACGACGGCGCCUCAAGAAUCUAUCACAAGUGACGGACUUCAACCACACACUACAUUCACUACAGAUCCCACAACCAGUACCGAUUCUCCUCCGGCGACGACAGAUGAUGAGGAGAGCGUCAAUGAGGAGAGCGAAAUAGAGGAAAGCGAACAAGCUGGCGAAGUUGUUAGUGAGGCCAGGCCCGUCCUCGACGAUGAGGAUGAGGAGCCGCAGGCAAUGGAUAAGUUAGGGGAUGUCUCGACCACUGAGUUUUAUGAGGCAUUCGCUACCGAAGAACUACAUUCGGUAACUACCGAUUCCACUCAGAUUGCGGUCGACUACCAAGAUGAGGAGAUGCAGGCGGAACAAACUGGUGGGGUUACUCGCCCAAGCAACACCUCAGUCUUCCUCGAGUCGCAGACCACGGAAGGCUUGCUCUCAACUUCAAAUUUCGAUCAGAAUGCCUCCGAUUACCAAGAUGCCGACACGGAAUUGGAACAGCCCGAAGGACCAAGUAUCUUGACUACCACAGUCUUCCCUGAAGAUCCUUUUUCCGAAGAGCAUCCCGCCCCUCUAGACAGUGAAGCCCUGCAGGACACAGAUGCGCCUGUAGUCACCGUUGACGCGGAUUCUCAAGAGGAUUACAACGUGACUCUUUUCCCAGACUCUGCAUUUACUCAUCCGACCAUUGGUGAAGAAUCAGACAGUACCACAAUCUCAUCUGAGCCAUCAACUACCGAAGACUUUAAUCAAGUAACUACAGAUACCAGUCAGGUUGCCUACGAUUACCAGAAUGAAGAAAUAGAAGAACAGCAAGAAGAGACCACAACUCCGGACCUUGCUGAUUUCUUCGAAUCACUAUCUCCUGAAGGAUUACCCUCUGGAACUACAGACCUCAACCAGCUUAUCUCAGAUUUCCCUAAUGAUGAUAUCAAAACAUCCCGGCCGGAGGAGACUACUCUUCCAACCAUAUCUGAAGAAUCAGUUAACAUUACCACCACGACUUUACUUGAGGACCUCACGCCUGAGAACCGUCCCACUCCCUUUGAUUACGAACCCCUGCAGGUCACAGACGCCCCUGUAGUCGCCCUGUACGAUACAACUCAAUUCUCAAAUACCGAAAGCACAAAUGAACCUCAACAGACCACCCCGUUGGCUGGAGACCUCGAGAACCCCGUAACAGAGGUUCCGUCUUCCCUUCUCGGCCAGGAGGAAAAGGAGACGCAGGACCAGCAGGAAGACCCAAGUCGUCCCCAGGUCAUCAAUAGUGACAUUUGUGGCUUCAAAGGCACUUGGAAUCACGUGAUGGAAGCGGCCGCCAAAGAGGCAGCUGGUGGAGUGGCUGUUUCCACGGUGGAGUGGUGCUGGGUGGCGGCCAUCAUGGAGCGGCGAGGAGGGACGCUCGAAUACCUUUGCUCAGGCGCCCUCGUAGAGGCCGACCUCGUCCUCACUGCAGCCUCCUGUCUCAAGAGGUCGGCUCACAGCUUUAAAAAAUAGCCCGAGACCACAUAUUUCA